AUGAUAAGAACUCCUGUUAUUAGGGUAGCGGCCAUAGGUAUAGCACUAUUGGUGUUAUAUCUGCUUUCGGUGUUUUUGAGGCCUCAGGUUGUUUAUAUAGAUAAAGCUACGAAUGAAAUCGUGAAAGACUUCCAGGGCAGCGAUAUGGACGGCCCUAACAACGUUGUGGUAGAUACUCCGAGAAAAAUUCAAACUCCGAUAAAGAAUAACGAUAAGGAACAGGAACAAGCGCAUAUACAGAUUGAGGAGGCAGAAAUUGACGAAGCUACUGGCCAAGUCGUGAGUGACUCGAGCGCAAGUAAUGAUCAGGUUGCCGCUGUAAAUGAGGUAUAUCCUGGAGAACGGGUCAAAGCGACGUUUGUGACGUUGGCCAGAAACUCAGAAUUGUACGACUUAAUCAAGUCUGUGAGACGAGUGGAGGAUCGGUUCAACCGUAAAUUCAACUACGAUUGGGUGUUUUUGAACGACGAGCCAUUCACCGACGAAUUCAAGAACUUGACCACGUCGAUUGUAUCAGGAAAAACCAAAUAUGGGUUGAUUCCCAAGGAACAUUGGUCAUACCCCGAUUGGAUCGACAUGGACAAGGCAGCGGAAUCGAGGAAGGCCAUGAAAGCUGCCGGUAUCAUCUACGGUGACUCAGAAUCGUACAGACACAUGUGUCGGUUUGAGUCGGGUUUCUUCUGGCAAAAUCCGUUGUUAGAUGAGUACGAUUGGUAUUGGAGAGUCGAGCCUGGCAUCCAAAUCCACUGCGACUUGGACUACGAUCUUUUCAAGUACAUGGAGGACAACAACAAGGUGUACGGAUUCACGAUUUCGAUCUACGAGUUUGAAAAGACGAUUGCAUCGUUAUGGGGCCACGUCAAGGACUUCAUCAAGAUGAACCCUCAAUACUUGGCGGAAGACAACCUCAUGGACUUCAUUUCCGACAACAAGGGUGAAACGUACAAUUUGUGCCAUUUCUGGUCCAACUUCGAGGUGGCCUCGUUGAAAUUCUGGCGUUCGCAGGCAUACAGAGACUUUUUCGACUACUUGGACAAAACUGGAGGCUUCUUCUACGAGAGAUGGGGCGAUGCCCCAGUCCAUUCGAUUGCUGCGGCCCUUUUCCUUUCCAAGGACCAGGUUCACUACUUCGAAGACGUUGGCUACAACCACGGAGUGUACACUCAAUGUCCGCUUAAUUCUCAAUUCAGAUACGACCAUAAGUGCCACUGUGACCCCAAGUCUGACUUCACCUUCAGGGGCUACUCAUGUGGUACCAGGUACUACGACGUUAUGAAGAAAGAAAAACCAAAGGAAUGGGUGAAUUAUACCUAG